UUUUACUAAUUUUGCAAUCUUAAAAAUAUUAUAGCUAAACUCAUUGUUCAUCAAAGCUUAUCACUAACUUAAUGGACAUGUGUCAAGUCCUAGCUGCACCCAUUAACUCAUUGUUAAUGGACAUGUGUAUAUAUAUAUAUACACACGCAUAAAUAUAUAUAUAAGCCAAUCAGUUAUAGCUGCACAGAAACAGGGAGGAGUUGUUAAAGCAUGAGGAUGGUGGAGGUGAAGAAUGCGGCGACGGCGAGCAGCCCGUUCGAACGGGUGGCGAGGAUGGCGAGCGGGAAUGCGGUGGUGGUGUUCAGUGUUAGCAGCUGCUGCAUGUGCCACGUGGUGAAGCGGCUGCUGCUGGGUCUGGGCGUCGGCCCCACCGUGUACGAGCUCGACCAACUCGACAAGGCCGGUAGCUGCGAGAUCCAGGCCGUGCUGGAGCACCUUCUCGCCGCCGGGGUCGCCACUGGAGGUGCCGGGUGUUCCAGUACGCCAACGGCCCCCAGCGCCACAGCCGUCGCCGUGCCUGCCGUGUUCGUGGGUGGGAAGCUGCUCGGCGGUGUGGAGAAGGUGAUGUCCUGCCAUAUUAAUGGCUCGCUCGUGCCCCUUCUCAAGCAAGCCGGUGCUCUAUGGCUUUAA